GAGUAAUGUGAUGUUGAGAGUGCUCCCCCUCCUCCUCUCCCUGCUCCCCGGCUACCACGCUGUGUUCCCUGCCCGGUGUACACACCCCUCUGGUACACUGACAGGGGAGAUCGAGUUAGAGUCACGUGACGGCAGUCAGGAUAAAGUCACUAGAACUGUUAUCAGUAGUAAUAUAGCACUGGAUGAGACGUUGUGUUACAAGAUUACUUAUAACUUUACUAAGAGAGAUGGGAGACAAGAAACUAAGAGAGUUCUGUACACGCUAGAGUAUGAUAAUCUUAAACACGUGUACAACUAUAAGAACUCUUACGAGUUCGCUAUUCCCUCCACUGAUAUGACUUGUUGGUGUGACUGUCCUGGGGGCAGUAACCAGUGUGACAGUGAUACUAACUCUUGUGGAAAUUACAAUAAGAACGAAGACACGUGUGUAAACUGGUAUGAGGACGGACAGACUCUAGACGGUUGUGUGUGGAUAACAGGCUCAGGACAGAGUUGCUGCAGUUUGAACAUAGAGCGGUUCUCGGCAGACACUUUUAAAGCAGUGGAGAUCUCCAGUCCUAUAACACGUGCUCAACUGAGACUGAACGUUAUCAACCUGGAUACCAGCCAGAAACUGGUUAAAGAUAAGAUUUAUAACGUGGAUCUAGAUACUGGCACCACUGCAGAUGAGCUGGUGACGCUAAAUAUCGCCACGUCCAGUACAUCCAGUCUCCUGCCAGCUGGAUGGUAUUUUGGCAGGAGGGGGUCCGGCGAGCUGAAAACUAACGUCAAGAUCAACGGGUUGAACGAGUGGAAUAUGAACAAGUUAGGCUGGUUUAAAAUACAGCACGGCUUUGAGACGAUCAGGAAGAGUACUGUCAGAGAUGCUUUCUCGGCAACGACUCAGAGUUGCGGGGAGAACCAACUAAACACAAAUUUUGCUGCAAACUACUACGACAGGUACCCCACUGAAGCAGAGACAGUGGAAUCCUUUCUUUUUAGUAAGGUAGACCGAGUGAUCAGAAACGACAGUUCGCGACAAGUUGUAGCUUAUCACCGGACCUCUCCCCGACUUGACAUCACCCUUACUUUCAACGAGCAGAGUGAUGUGACCUUCCUAUACGAUGAGAGCUAUUUGGAGGACUUUCACGGAGCAGUAUUCCUGGACAAAUAUUCCAACAGAUAUCUCAAUAUUACAUUGAUAGGGGGGAGUGGCAGCAUUGUGGGUACUAUAAAGAAUCACCAGACAGAGGGAGAUAAUUUCUACGUUUAUAUUCCCAGCGUCAGUAAACUUCCUUAUCAGAAGUUUGUUAGAAUCAGCUCUACUUGUAGACAAACUGAAGAACUGAUGAAGACUGAAGUGUGCGUCAAACCACUGGGCCCUGAAACUAAACGUCUUUGUAAACAGGUUAUCUGUUUGGAGGAUGAGAACCGGAACUUUGUUUUACCAGAGGACGAUAUAAAGUACGAGAAAGCAGAGUAUGACGAUAUCCUGUCUCUAACGACGUGGGGGAAGUACCUGAACCCAAUACAAUGGUUCAGCGGAGGGAAGCCGGGUUGGGUGGAGGGUGUGGUUAUAGCUGUCUUCCUGCUUCUCCUCUCAAUACUAGUGGGCAUUAUUGUUAAACUAGUCCGCGUCUUUAACUGCAUCUUCAAGUGUCUGACGUGCUGUAGGAAGUCUAAAGACAAGUACGCUAAGAGACCAACUUGGUUAAACACAAAGAUGUAUGUGAAACGAAAAGGCUCGGAAUGUUCUAACGAUUCCUCUUAAGAAGAUCAUGACGCCCACACUAGCGCGUUGUCAUGGUGACGCGUGAUGUCACGUGAUGUGUUGUCAUGGCGACGUCAUGUCACGUGACGUCACAUUGCAUGGUGUGUUGUGUGUGCAUCUUAUGAGCCUUUUCUAAGUUAUUUUAUUUUUACUUCUUCCCGUCCUAGCUAAUUAGUUUAUGCGGAAGAAAUAUUUACAGUUAAUUUUACGUUUUCACUUUGUAGGUAUAAUUUAACGCUAAUUUGCAUAUAGUUUUACCAGUCAAUUAAACGUAUCAAUUUAUUUAUUGUCAUAAUUUGAUUGGACUAUUUUCUACAUUUGCAUAAUUUGAUAUUAAUUUAAUCGCGGUUUCCAAUCCCCAAGUGCAUAAUUACACAAAUAAUUGGACUUUCCUGGUAGUGCAUAUUUGUGAACUUAGAUGAAAUAACAACGGAAGUUCAUUUGUGUAUUCAUUCUUUGUGGAUCAGGAUAGCAUAUCAAAUUUAAAAAAUCAUUGAGAACGAAAUGUUUGAGAGGUAAGUAUUUUAAAUUUUAAUGUCAAUAAUCAACCAUGGUUUGAAAUUGUAAAGAUGUUGAUUGUUGUAAUGGACAGUUGGAAUGUGAUGAGUAUUUGGAAUUCAUUGAUAUUUGAAAUAAAACGUUACAGAUUUGUAAAUACCAUAAAAUUACAGUUAGGAUCGGUCACAUAUUUGUUAGGCCCCUUAUGAACUGCCCUUUAUUUGUUACCUGGUUACCUGGUUACCUGGUUACCUGGUUACCUGGUUACCUGGUUACCUGGUUACCUGGUUACCUGGUUACCUGGUUACCUGGUUACCUGGUUACCUGGUUACCUGGUUACCUGGUUACCUGGUUACCUGGUUACCUGCCCUUUAUUGACCCCUCCCUCUCGUUACAUUAGUUAAGCAUGUUUUACACUUUACAGUGACGUACAAGGGUGGAGUUUUAAUAAAAUGUUAUAAAAUUCUAAAGUUUAAUUCAUUGAAUUGCAAACAGUUUGAUGGAAUAAAUAAACAUUGUGAGCUAUUGCAUUUUAUUUUAUCACAAAUUACAAAACAUUUUUGAAAUAACAGCUUUAAGAAAAGUAACUUUUAAAGGUUCGAUUGCUCACUAGCACGUUGUCUUGGUGACGCGUGAUGUCACGUGAUGUGUUGUCAUGGGAACGCGUGAUGUGACGUGAUGUGUUGUCAUGGUGACGCGUGAUGUGAUUAAUGAUAUCAGUAUUAUUAGAAUUUAGAGAACAGUUUUAAUAUGAGAUAAUUUUAUAUUUAUGCUGAUGAUAAUGCGAAUUAAAUUUUCUUACCUUAAUCUCAACUAGUUUUUUACUU